AUGAAGCUUUCAGUUAUAUUCUUUGGUGCUGUGGCUCAGCUAAAGCUGUACUGCAACUUUAUCCUGUGCUGCGACAACUAUCCCGCCAGCUGCCGACUGCACACACCCGUGUACCACAACCGUGAUCACUUACCCUCCACCUGGGUCGUCCGCGCCGCCGCCGGACGUGAUUACCACAGUUACGGCGAGUUGUCCAGCAACCACAUCCUGCGCUCCAGUUACAGUGACGCCGCCUCCGGACUGUAUACGCCCAUGUACCACAACGGUCACGACUUUCCCAGGGGUUCCAAGCACCUCAUCCAGUACUCCACCUGA